AGACGUCAUCGAGGAAGAACUCACCACAUUUCUCCAAUAUAGUCACCGCGAGCUUUAGCUGCCUCAGGACUGUGAGGUUUCUUGUCGCUGAACAGACAGUCAGGAGCUGGUUGCUUGUCGGCUGUUCAUGUGUUCAGGGUUUCUCUCCGUGUGUCGUUAUGUUACCGUCGGAAUUUCUGUCCUGAGUAAUUGGAGACUUAAACCAAAAAAUUAAGAAUGGACCCGCACGCUGAUCAUGAGCAAAGAGAUAACGGCACUCCAACCGAAUCACAAGAUCCUCCCCUGAGGAUGACAAGACAGCAGAUUCUCACUUUAAUAUCAAUGGCUUCUGUCAACUUCAGUUCAAUGAUCUGCUACUCAAUAUUAGGCCCAUUUUUUCCUAAUGAGGCAGUGAAGAAGGGAGCCAGUCAAACGGUCAUUGGUCUCAUAUUUGGCUGCUACGCGGUCUGCAAUUUAAUUGGUUCAUUGAUACUGGGAAGAUAUAUUGUCCAAAUUGGCGCAAAGUUCAUGCUUGUUGCAGGGCUUUUUGUGUCAUCAGUCUGCACCAUUGUGUUUGGAUUACUUGAUCGGGUUCCUGCAGGACCCGCUUUCAUUACUCUGUGCUUUAUAGUGAGGUCCAUCGACGCUGUGGGCUUUGCUGCUGCGAUGACCUCCACUUUUGCCAUGACAGCAAAAAUAUUUCCAAACAAUGUGGCAACUGUUUUGGGUAGUUUGGAGAUUUUCACAGGACUUGGUCUUAUAAUGGGGCCACCAGUCGGGGGGUGGUUCUACCAGUCAUUUGGAUAUGAAGUCCCUUUUAUGCUUCUUGGAUGUUUCCUGUUGAUUAUGGUUCCUUUCAACGUUUACGUCUUACCAACCAUUGAUGCAUAUCCCUCGAAGGAUUCCUUCUUUCGACUUCUCGCCCAAGUGAAAAUAGUCCUCAUGUGCUUUGUGAUAUUCACUCUUAGUGCAGGUUUGGGCUUCUUGGAUGCCACGCUGUCCCUUUUUGCUAUUGAGAGGUUUAGUCUCUCAUUUGGCUACGUGGGAAUCAUCAUGCUUGGUUUGUCGUUACCAUACUGUCUGGCAACACCGGUGAUCGGGUAUUUUACUGAUAAAUAUCCUGCCACCAGGAGUUGGUUUAUGGUGACAGGAGGCGUCGCCACAGCGUUUGGCUUCUGUCUGCUUGGUCCCGUCCCUUUCCUUCACAUCCCAAGUCAGCUGUGGUUGCUGAUCCUCAUGCUUGGUGUAAUUGGGUUUUCUCUGGGCAUGACUGCAAUCCCCACGUUCCCUGAGAUCAUCACAUGUGCAUAUAAACAAGGAUUUGAGGAGGGACUAAGCACUCUUGGAAUGGUAUCUGGGCUGUUUGGGGCUGUUUGGUCCAUGGGGAUGUUUUAUGGCCCAAUAGUGGGUGGCCUUAUCACACAACACCUGAACUUUGAGUGGGCAGCUGCAGUCCAAGGAGGCUUGGCGUUUUUGGCUGCCUUUCUCCUCGCUGUGUUUUAUGCCUGUCAACGCCCACAACAACACAGCAUUAGAGAAGAUAGCCGACAAACAGAUGAAGGCACUCCUCUUCUGAAUGAAUGAAGCUCUCAGCAACAUGUGGAAGGACGCCAUGCUGAACAAAACAGGAUCUUAGUGUUUAAGGCCUCCAAGUUAAACAUAUAGAAUUUUUAAAUGAUAUAUUUUAUUAACUAAAUGCUUUUAAAUUACAUAUUUUUGGUGUUGCAGGGAUUGUAAUGAUUUGUACUUAUUGUACAAACAUGUAAUAGUAUUAUGUUUUCAGGAAAUGUUUAAAAAUGUAUUUGUAGUUGGUACUGCCUAACCUAACGGCCUAAAAAAAGCAAUACAAUGAUAUUACUCAGAUUUUAAGUUGCCAAUUUUCAAGUUACACUUUCAAGGAAUGUAACAUGAAUGAAUGUAUUCAACCACUAGAAAUCACACAUUCAUGUCCAGAUCACAAACUAAAUGUGCCUUUUGUUCGGAAGCUCUGCUGUAUUAAUGAUCUUAGUUUUUGACAUCACAUGACUUGGAUUUUAUGUUGAAGUGACCACAUUCAUAGUAACAUGAAGGAUGCAUGUUACGUGAUAUAUUAUACAGGUCAUAUUAAUUUAAUAUAUAAUAAUCUAAUAUAUAAUACUAUAUAAUAUUGUGUAAUAUACAGUACAGUCUAAAGGGGGCAUCACGUCACAUUUCAGAGCAGUUAGUGAUAGUAUGUUGUGCCUUCUGUUCUGACCGAACAAUUUUUGAGGAAGAUUUUGCACAGAUUUGAAUAUAAAGAGUAUGUAAAAAAAAAAAACCUCAGACCAACAAUUAAGAGAUGAAAAAAACAUUUGGAAAUAAUCUGUUUUAUUAGCUAGGCGUAGCCUAGAGGGGACCAUCCAUUACGGUUAGUUGUGUUUGUGUAUCUGUAUUAAUAAACCCAAAAGCCUAAUAUUUUCUCUGUACAUUUAUGAAAAAUUGUGAAUCACAUCAACCACAAGAGGUCCUUGAGCAUACACAAGCACCUCUCGCGGUUGUUGUGAUUCACGAUUUUUGAGAAAUCUUAUUUUAUUUGUUUGGGAGGAGUGACGGGUUUGUAUGCGUGCAGUGCUACAACAAAAUGUUCUAAAUAAAUAAGAAUGUUUAAAUUCA